UCCUCCGCCGGAUGAUUAUGAACCCGUGCACUUUCAAAUCUGCAAUAUGCAGAUCCCCUACACAUGUGCUUCCAUUGACGCCCUCUCCUGAAGCAAUCUUCCCAUGUAUAUAAUGAGUCCAAAUCUACACCUGAUGCUUUUCCGUCUCAUCACACUCACUCACAUCCACUCUACAACACAUUCACUUACUUUCCUUUACUACUACAACUUACUACAUUCACUCUUUACAACACUUUCAAGCCUUUUCAAAGCCUCACAUAAAACAACAUCCUUCACAAUGCGUGCUACUGCAGUCCUCAUCGCCAUCUUCGCGAGCUCCGCGCUUGCAGCUCCUCUCAACGCUGCCCGCCAAGCUGGAGAGGCUGAUGGCUACUCCUAUGGCUACGGCCACGACGUGAAGAGCGGCCAUGGCGAGCAUAAGCGUCAAGGUCCCGGAGGCGAAGACUAUGGCUACGGCUAUGGUAUGGAGAGCAAGAGCCAGGGCGGCCACAAGAAGCGCCAGGGCCCUGGUGGUGAGGAUUACGGCUACGGAUAUGGACACGAGGAAAGCAAGGGUCACGCCGGCCACGAGAAGCGUCAGGGCCCCGGUGGUGAGGAUUAUGGCUACGGAUAUGGCCACGAGGAGAGCAAGAGCCAUGCCGGUCACCCAAAGCGUCAGGGCCCCGGUGGUGAGGAUUACGGCUACGGAUAUGGCCAUGAGGAGAGCAAGGGCCACGGUGGCCACGAGAAGCGCCAGGGACCUGGUGGUGAGGAUUACGGCUACGGAUAUGGACACGAGGAAAGCAAGGGUCACGCCGGCCACGAGAAGCGCCAGGGCCCCGGUGGUGAGGAUUAUGGGUACGGCUACGGCCAUGAGGGCAAGAGCCAGGGCGGCCACGAGAAACGCCAGGGCCCCGGUGGCGAAGACUAUGGUUACGGAUACGGCCAUGAGGGCAAGAGUGAGGGUGGCCACUCCAAGCGCCAGGGACCCGGUGGUGAAGACUACGGUUACGGAUACGGCAUGGAAAGCAAGAGCCACAGUGGUCACGAGAAGCGUCAGGGUCCCGGUGGUGAGGAUUACGGCUAUGGAUAUGGCAUGGAGGGUAAAAGCCAAGGCGGUCACCCGAAGCGCCAGGAGUCUGAUGAGGCCAACCCUCUAGCCGCACUCGCACCAAAGAAAGAAGAAGGUGGCGAGGAGAAGAAGGAGCAGGGCGAGAAAUCCGAGCCCCAAUCCAACCCACUCGCAGCACUAGCACCUCAAGAGGAGAAGAAAGGUGGCGAGGAGAAGAAAGAGCAGGGCGAGCAAUCAUCCAACCCUCUCGCAGCACUAGCACCUCAAGAGGAGAAAAAGGGCGGCGAAGAGAAGAAGGAGCAAGGUGGCGAGAAGAAGGAAGAGGAGAGCGAGGAAGAGAACCCUCUCGGCCGCCGCCUUGAGAACCCAAUCGACCCCCUUGCGAAGCCUGUCGCCGACAAGAUGCAGGGCAAGGCUGAGGAGAUGAACAAGGCCCAAGAGGCUGGAAAGAGCCCCCUCGGGCCUCUCGUCGAGAACAAGGGUAACUAGAGCAUCACUACGCUCUGGUCUACCACCGGCUCGGGGGGCUUU